UGAUGACGGUCUCCAGGAGCUCCAGCCUCCUCCGCAGCGCCUGGUUCUCAAUGUGGCUGCGGGAGAUCUCGCUCCUCCAGCCGGCGCAGCUCUCCUCCAGCAGCUCGCUGAUCUCCAGCACCGCAGCCCGGGUCAGAGCCUCCAUGAUGGAGGACAGCUGGGACUGAAACACCCGUGCCGCCCGCCAUUAAACAAAAGAACAAGCACUUGUGUUUCCCACCGUCUCGAACGCAGCACCAGUUCGGUCUCCACGGCAACGCCAGACAACAGGGAGGAAGAUGGUUCACAUCACAGAGGAUCUGGUGCGCCGCCGGGCCGAGCACAACGAGGGUGAGAUCUUCUCUCUGGAGGAAGUGACUCUGCACCAGCAGGACGUCGAGAGGAUCGAGCACAUCGAGCGCUGGUGCAAAGAGCUGAAGAUCCUCUACCUGCAGAACAACCUCAUCCCCCGGAUCGAGAAUGUGGGUCGCCUGAAGAAACUGGAGUACUUGAAUCUGGCCUUGAACAACAUUGAAGUCAUUGAAAACCUUGAAGGCUGUGAGAGCCUUCAGAAACUGGACCUGACGGUGAACUUUGUGGGUCGUCUGAGCAGCGUGGAGUCUCUGAAACACAACGUGCACCUGGUCGAGCUCUUCCUGGUGGGAAACCCGUGCACAGAGUACCAGGGAUACAGGCAGUAUGUGGUGGCAGCUCUGCCCCAACUACAGCGUCUGGACGGGACGGAGAUCAGCCGGUCGGAGAGGAUUCGAGCCUCUCAGGGUCUGGAGGAGGUGCGGAGGGCGGUGAGGCAGCAGGAGACGGAGUACCUGAAGAGGAGAGCCAGGGAGAGGGAAGAGGCAGGAGAGAAGACAGGAAACAAGGAGAGGAAACCAGGCUUCGAUGGACGCUGGUACACCGACAUCAAGAACACAGAUCCGGUGAUAGAGGAGAACAAGGAGAACCAAGAGGUGGAUGAGGAGCAGCAGGAGCAGGAGUUCUGGCAUACGCCGUGUUCCUUCACCCCCGAAUCUCGCCUGCAGGCUCACCGCCACCUGGAGGACAAGAAGAGGGCAAAGGAGAAAGAGAAGGAGAAGCAGCCGAAGGCCCCGAGGACGCUGAUCACCGCUGAAGGACGAGUCAUGAACGUCAACGAGCCAAAGCUGGACUUCUCUCUAACUGAAGAUGAAGAAAACAACACCAUUGUCUUAAACCUGGAGGUGUACAGACACAUGGACACCUCUCUGAUCGACGUGGAUAUUCAGCCAACGCACGCCAGAGUCAACGUCAAGGGAAAGAUAUUUCAGAUGGUGCUGCCCGCUGAAGUGAGGCCCGACAGCUCCACGGCUCUGAGGUCUCAAACCACCGGACACCUGGUGCUGACCAUGCCCCGGGCUGAAGGUGAAAUCAAAGUCACGCAGAGAGCCCCACGUCCGCCCGUAGCGAGUCCACGCAGCAGCUCGCAGGGCGACGAUAAAAGGGUAAAUGAAGGUCCGGAGCGUCUGGAAGUUGACCCCAGCAAACACACGGCCGUCGACCUCAACAUCGUGGGGCGCGGCAGCCUCAGACCUCAGGAAGCUCCGCCUCCAGACGCCCAUCACUGCCGCCUCUCUGACGGGUUUGUGGACGACCCUGACGUCCCCCCACUGAUAUAAGACUUUACUAAGAUGGCUACCACUGUGUUUAUAUUCUCCUUUAAGGGGUGAAAAGAGUCGGUCUAAAGCCCUUUCUCCCCUAAAGUCAUUCAAAUGUUUGCUGUUUUAGAUUUCUAGAGAUUCCUCCAGCUACUGUCAUCGUGUUACAAAUCAGCAAGACUUCAAAUGUUUAUUUUAAUCA